ACUGUUUGUUGCUGCAAGCAAAGCAUUCCCGUCGAAUUCGGCGUUUGGUUGCAUUGAUGUUCUGAGCUGUGAGUCGCGUUGCGUCGAGUGUGUCUUGGCCCUGGUUUGCAUUAUUAUAUUAUGUGGCUAUUGUGGAGGAGAGAAUGGAGCGAAUGGACGUUAUACAAGCGUCGCUAUUAAAUGUCACUGCUUUGCGUAAGGCGCAUUCAGGCCAUUCAGCGCCAGUCAGCCGUCCGCUCAACAGCGGCAUUCACCGUCAUUCGACUGCAUCCACUUGUCUGAUCAGAUUGCCGUUUGCCGCGCGCAUCCUUUGUCGCCCUCGGCGCAUCACUCCACUGCAGCCACGACACUCCGUCAGCGUUUUUUUCAGCAAACACUCCGCGCCCGCACCGACCGCCAAACAGCGGCCGGUUUGCGUUGUUUGUGUUGUGUUGCACACACAGCAUACAACGCCGGCCAAUCGUGACGGGCAUUUACACAGUGUCGUCCAGCCGACCAGAACCGCACCGCCGCCCCCGACCGGACCCGCGAGGGCGAGCAAACAGCCCGGAAUAGCCGCCAUCAUAGUGACGAUCUGUCCGUCAGCCAGCGCAAAACAAUCGCCGAAUGAACUUGAUCUUUUUGCAAAUUGGCCAAAGUGGCGAUGGCUGUUGUGUCGGGCGGUAAAGUGAUCCCGCAGAAUGUCCCGUUCACAAUCGCGCUGCUCGUCCUCAGUCCUCAGCGAGCAUUUUCUUGAGCAGCGCUAGUGCACUGCGUGCUUAACAUUCCGUGGCGCAUCAAGUGAUUUAAACAGUCGACACAUUUCUUGUUGACACACUACAAAGUCAACGCAAAAUCCAGCCAGCUCUCAGCUGUCUGCAGCCAGCAACUGCAAGCCUAAGCUCAAAUAUAUACACUGCAUACUUUUACAAUUCCCCAUAAUCACUGUCUGCAGCUUCCAAUUCGGCUGAUGUUUCCUUUCGAAUUUAGAAAUGUUUGCGCAUUCCCCUGAAACACAAAAUCAGGGCAUCUAUUUGCACAGGAAGCCGGGGAAUUUUCGCAAAGGUCACGGCGCUUUUCACUCACAGUUCGCAAUGACAAUUCGUUGUAGCGAGUUGCAGCGUGUGUGUUGUUGCGUUGUGGCAAUGAAAAAGCUGGAAAUGGAGCAGUCGCCGUCCAUUGUGGCGGUUUGAAUGGGAUGGAGACGGUGUUUGCGGCCGGUGCGGUGAGACGCGUGGGAUUGGGUUACCGGUGCGGCCGUAAUUUCUAAGUGCCGUUGCACCGCAUCUUCGUCUGUACAGUGACGAGGAAUACGGCAGGUACAAGUAUCCCCGGCUGCCGUCAAAGUCUGCAGCGACCAGUUCAACUGGUCGCCGAAUGGACGGGACACGUUAGACACGUAGCCGCCACUUGAUCCACUUACACCGCCACUUUCCCCACCUCAACAUUGGCCACUAUCUCUCCGGCUUCACUCACGCCGCACCGCUCCCCUCCGUCAAAACUGUACACGGCGUACAAGCACUUUGCCGCUGAAUCAUCGCUAGCUUCCUUUUGUCCACCAGACCGGCUCCAUUAAUCCCCAACAAACAUCACAUUGAAACAUUACAAAUACUCCCGUGUACAACUGCCGGACAAAUUAUUACACAUAAUUACUUGAGAA